AGUGGGCACUCCUUUCCUGGCAUCUCACAACUGUAACCUCCAAACACAUCGGACACCUUUCCAGGACUCUCCAAACCGUCCAGGCUCUCUACUCCAGGCUCCAGACGCAGCAGCAUGUCGGGCAUCGCGGCCACCCUGCAGCACCGCCGGGACAAGGACCGGGGGAUCGGCACCAACAGCCAGGCCGUGAAGUACCUGAACCAGGACUACGAGGCUCUGCGGCAGCGCUGCUUCGAGAGCGGCCGCCUGUUCCAGGACGACGCGUUCCCGGCGCUGCCCUCCUCCCUGGGCUUCAACGAACUGGGCCCGAACUCCUACAAGGUCCGGGGGGUGUCCUGGGAGAGACCCACGGAGUUGACCUCUGACCCUGAGUUCAUCGUGUCUGGAGCCUCCAGGACCGACAUCUGUCAGGGAGCUCUGGGUGACUGCUGGCUGCUCGCCGCCAUCGCCUCGCUGACGCUGAACGAGGACGUUCUGGCUCGAGUCGUUCCACACGGACAGAGCUUCAGGGAAGGAGAGUACGCCGGCAUCUUCCACUUCCAGUUCUGGCAGUUUGGCGAGUGGGUGGACGUGGUGAUUGACGACCGUCUGCCGGCCAGAGAUGGCGAGCUGCUGUUUGUCCACUCGGCGGAGGGGAGGGAGUUCUGGAGCGCCCUCCUGGAGAAGGCCUACGCCAAGUUGAAUGGCUGUUACGAGGCCCUGUCUGGAGGAUCGACCACUGAGGGUUUCGAGGAUUUCACCGGAGGAAUCGCCGAGGUCCAUGAGCUGAGUCGACCCAGUCCUCAUCUGUUCCACAUCAUCCAGAAGGCUCAGAGCCGCGGGUCACUGAUGGGCUGCUCCAUAGACAUCACGAGCUCAGCCGACUCGGAGGCGGUCACCUCUCAGAAACUCGUGAAAGGCCACGCCUACUCUGUGACAGGUACAGCUGAGGUGGAGUACCGUGGCGAUAUGGAGCAGCUGAUCCGGAUCAGGAAUCCCUGGGGUCAGGUGGAGUGGACUGGAGCCUGGAGUGACGAUUCGAUGCAGUGGCGUUACAUCAGUGAUGACGACAGAGAGCGUCUGAGUCAUCGUUCAGAGGACGGAGAGUUCUGGAUGUCUUUCUCUGACUUCCUGCGACAUUAUUCCCGGCUGGAGAUCUGUAACCUGACGCCCGAUGCCCUGAGCGACGACUCUGUCUCUAAGUGGGCUCUGUCCAAGUUCGAUGGCAGCUGGAGGAGAGGAUCCACCGCCGGAGGCUGCAGGAACUAUCCCAACUCGUUUUGGACGAACCCUCAGUUUGUGAUCAAGCUGGAUGAGGAGGAUGAUGAUCCGGACGAUGGAGAGACCGGCUGCAGCCUCGUGGUCGGUCUGAUCCAGAAGAACCGCAGACGCAUGAGGAAGAUGGGAGAGGACAUGCACACAGUGGGAUUCGCCAUAUACGAGGUUCCUGAUGAGUUCCGCGGUCAAAGGAACGUCCACCUGAACAGGAACUUCUUCCUGCGUCACGCCUCUGCCGCUCGUUCCGAAACCUUUAUCAACCUGCGGGAAGUCUGCAGCCGCUUCAGUCUGCCGCCCGGAGAGUAUCUGAUCGUCCCGUCCACCUUCGAACCGCAGAAGAACGGAGACUUCUGCGUCCGGGUCUUCUCUGAGAAACAGGCCGAGUUUCAAGAACUGGACGACCCCAUCGAGUCCAGAGUGGAGCAGAUCGAGAUGGACGAGGACGAUGUGGACGAUCGGUUCAGAGGUCUGUUCGCUCAGCUGGCGGGAGGGGACUCUGAGAUCUCUGCCUUCGAGCUGCAGAGGAUCCUCAACAAAGUGGUGACCAAACGAUCCGACAUCCAGACCAGCGGCUUCAGCAUCACAACAUGUCGCAACAUGGUCAACCUGCUGGACAAAGACGGCAGCGGCAAACUGGGUCUGGUGGAGUUCAAGGUGCUGUGGACCAAAAUCGAGAACUACCUGAAUAUUUACCGUGAGAAGGACGUGGAUAAUUCAGGGACGAUGAGCUCCACAGAGAUGAGGACGGCUGUGGAGGAAGCUGGUUUCAGUCUGAACAGCCCACUCCAUCAGGUCCUGGUGGCACGUUACAGCGAAUCAGAUCUCACCGUCGACUUUGACAACUUUGUGGGCUGCCUGGUUCGCCUGGAGACCAUGUUCAACACAUUCAACACGCUGGACAAAGACAACUCAGGGGACAUUGAGCUCAGUUUUCUGGAGUGGCUGAACGUGUCUCUGCUCUGAAGAACCAGGAUGAUCCAGAUCCAGAUCCAGAUCUGGAUCCUGACAACAGCAGAACUGCUGCUGGACAGACUGUAACAACUGGAGCUGAAAUAUUCUAUAUGUGGUGGAUGGAGUUGGGUUUUUAUGUUAUCAGUCAGUUUGUGUGACACAAACCUGAACGAUUCCGAUGAUUUGAUUGACGCCGUUCAUUGAUCAGCUGACACUUAAUGAUGUAUAAUCAGUUUAUGAACAAGUCAGAACUGGUUUAGAACAAUAACGGAGCUGUGAACAUGUACGAGAACAUGUUAGAGUGUUUGUUGUAUCACCUGUGAAGCCUUCAGCUGUCUGUCACAGCAGCUCCUCUUCUUCACAAACCUUCAGAAACUCUCAGCCUGUUAGUAACCAUGUUUCUACAUCAUCAUCACGUGUUCUGGAGGGGGGGGGGUUAAAACAAACACCUCAUCACACCUGACGCCUUAAUGAGAAACGUUAUUAUAAAACUGCUAAUUAAUGACUUAAUAAUAAAGAGAAUAACUCAGGGACUGAGCUGUGAUGUUUUUAUUUAUUUUAAAACAAAUACGCUAUCAUCGUCCAAUGAAAAGAGCUGGAGUG